CACAAUCGAUGUACCGGCAGCCUGGGCAAUUGUUACUGGGUCAGGUUAAUUACGCAAUUAACCCUUCACACUGCCACCACCUCCUUUUUGUACAGAGAAAGAGGAAACUCGGCGUUAUCAGCUAUAACACUAUAAUGAUUGAAAUAAUCGACUGCAUAACACGGUCAUAACACAGGCCUGUUAUACAGAGGGUUAAACAAACAGUAGCAUUCUCUUUAGAGGCAGGGAUUCGUAAAUUGCAAUACAGAGCUAUAGAAACAGUUCAACGCUUUCAGAAAGAAAGAUUUAUUACUAAAAGGUCAAACGGGUGCAAUAAAAAUAUUCACAGAAAAAAGAUGUAA